AUUUCCGGUUGUCCGCUAGGGGUUGGGCUUGUGCCUAGGCCGAAAAAAGGAAGGUUUUUUUUUGCGGUUGUUGCAGGUUUUUUGGCUUUGGUGGACGCUGUUUAAAUUGACGCUAAGAUGGGAACUAGAGACGAUGAAUACGAUUACCUCUUUAAAGUUGUGCUAAUUGGGGAUUCCGGGGUUGGAAAGAGCAACCUCCUGUCGAGGUUCACACGCAAUGAGUUUAACCUGGAAAGUAAAAGCACCAUUGGAGUUGAGUUUGCCACCAGGAGUAUCCAAGUAGAUGGAAAGACAAUUAAAGCACAGAUCUGGGACACAGCAGGACAGGAGCGAUACCGUGCCAUCACUUCAGCGUACUACCGUGGAGCUGUAGGUGCCCUGCUGGUGUAUGAUAUUGCCAAGCAUCUAACAUACGAGAAUGUAGAGCGGUGGCUGAAAGAAUUGCGUGAUCAUGCUGAUAACAAUAUUGUCAUUAUGUUGGUUGGGAACAAGAGUGACCUUCGUCAUCUGAGAGCUGUGCCAACGGAUGAGGCACGGGCCUUUGCAGAAAAAAAUAAUCUUUCAUUCAUUGAAACAUCUGCACUGGAUUCAACAAAUGUAGAGGAAGCAUUUAAAAAUAUUCUUACAGAAAUUUACCGCAUAGUUUCGCAGAAACAGAUUUCUGAUCGAUCAGCUCAUGAUGAAUCGCCUGGUAACAACGUGGUAGACAUCAGUGUACCACCGACAACUGAUGGGCAAAAAUCCAAUAAACUCCAGUGUUGCCAGAAUAUGUGAUGUGCUUCAGCUAACCCUCCCAAUUUCCAACUCUUUCUUGCCUGUGCAUUGUAGUGUUGUAAUUGCUUCUGUCUUGUCCCGUGAUUGAUGAAAUCCCAUCCAAAAGUUGUAACAGUAAAGUUCACAUUCCUUUCUGCAGAUGGAAUAUCCCUUUUAAUGUGACUACAUUGCAUGUGCAUCCAUUCUUUUGCUUGUAAUUAUGAGAACAUUCAAGACUACAGUAUGUUGAGCAAUACUUUAUGUACAUAUUUUUUAAGACUAAAGAAACACAUGCCCCUUCUACAUAUUUCAUGAGCAAGUUUGAGCUUGUGCAUAUUUAUGCUUCUAUAUUUGAAAGUUUCAGUAUGAAAAGAUCCAAACUGAAACGUGUUCAAACUGUGGAACUUUUUUUUAAUAUAGCGAUAAGGCCUUUUUAUCCUGUUAAAGUAUUUAUAUCUUCUGCUUUUGAAUCUUUUCAAAGAAAAACAGUUUAUUCUAUUCCAUACAGCUGUCAAUAAUGAGAUUUAUUGAGUUUAACUAAAUUGUAGCCUCUCUGCUGCAACAUAAUGUAGCUGUACAACCAUGAGUGCUGCUUUGCUGAGUAGUCAGUAGUCGAGUACAUUAAAAGCUGACAUUCCUGAAGCAUGUAAAUAUCCAUAAAACCUGUCAGCAAUUGCACCUUGCAUUUGCAUGCUCAGGUUGGGGUGGGGGGGGGGACUUCUUGGCAUGAGGAUUGAAUGAAAAGUAUCUUGUUGGAAGAAAGCAAUAUCCAAUUGUAUUGGGACAGAUUUCAAAUCAUGCACAUUUUUCAUAUUUGUUUGAUUCAGCUUGUCCUUAGUUUCACCCAAGAAAAGUGCUCGAACAACAGGACAUAUCCCUACCGAGAGUGGUGUUUGCAAUGUCAUUGCCCAUUUCUUUACGGGGAACUCCACAGAAUGAUUAGCAUAGGUUUGCUCUUUAUAUAGGGGUUGUUUGAAAGCUUCACCAGCUUGGUGACCUGGAAAAUACAGAUGACCACUUCAGUACCGUCUCCCUACCAGCUGCCCUCUUCUUUCUUUCUCCCACGCCACCUGGUAAAAGUAAAAUGCCUGUCUAUGACUGACACAUUGAAACAUUUGACUCUUAAUGAUUUAGAGCACACUGUUACUUCCAUGGCACUAAUAUAUUCUGUAUACUGUUAACCAAAUCCAUUUUGUAAAUACAUAUUGCCACUUGAUUGUGCAUGGUUACUAUGUAUGUGGAUAAACAUGUUGCCAAACUUUUCUGUGUGAGUGUCUGUUGCUGUACUACUAAUUAGAUUAAGUUUAAAUUAAUUCAAAUACAUAAAUAGUCAUUUUUGAGAAUCUA